CGCAACCAUCAGUGUAGUCGGAUCGAAGUGUCACAAUGUCACAACAGAACCACAUCGAGCAGGCGAACACCGUUCUCUUCACUUCAGAAUCAGUCGGUGAAGGGCAUCCAGAUAAACUGUGUGAUCAAGUCAGUGAUGCCGUGUUGGAUGCACAUUUAGCCCAGGAUCCUAAUGCCAAAGUAGCAUGCGAAUCCUGUUCGAAGACUGGUAUGGUGCUGAUAUGCGGUGAAAUCACGUCCAAUGCAGUUGUUGACUACCAGAAGGUUAUCCGUGAAACAAUAAAAAAAAUUGGUUAUGACGAUUGCAAGAAAGGUUUUGACUACAAGACUUGCAAUGUGCUAGUCGCCAUUGAACAACAAGCACCAGAGAUUGCUGCUGGUGUUCAUGAGAACAGGAAAGAAGAGGAUGUUGGCGCCGGUGAUCAAGGUCUUAUGUUUGGUUAUGCUACUGAUGAAACAGAAGAAUGUAUGCCCCUCACAGUCGUUCUCUCGCAUGCACUUAAUAAAAAACUUGCUGAAAAUAGACGAAAUGGAACUAUGCCAUAUUUAAGACCUGACUCUAAAACUCAGGUUACAGUUGAAUACAAUUUUCUAAAUGGUGCUUGUAUACCACUUCGCGUGCACACAGUGGUUAUAUCAACGCAGCACGAUGAAUUUGUAACUAAUGCCGAACUCCGCAAAGAUUUACGUGAAAAAGUCAUCAAGGAAGUGAUUCCUGAAAACCUGCUCGAUGAGAAUACAAUAUAUCAUUUGAAUCCAUCGGGAAGCUUCAUCAUGGGUGGCCCUAUGGGUGAUGCUGGUUUGACUGGAAGAAAGAUUAUCGUAGAUACAUAUGGUGGUUGGGGAGCACAUGGAGGUGGUGCAUUUUCUGGGAAAGAUUACACUAAAGUUGACAGGUCUGCUGCAUAUGCAGCUCGAUGGGUUGCCAAGUCGCUUGUCAAGGCAGGACUGUGCAAACGUGUCCUUGUACAGGUUGCCUAUGCCAUUGGCAUUGCCGAGCCAUUGUCAAUUUCCGUUUUUCAUUACGGAACAUCUGAUCGGUCAGAGGCUGAACUUCUGAAGAUUGUGAAGGAUAACUUUGACCUCAGACCAGGCAUAAUUGUCAGGGAGCUGGACUUGAAGAGGCCAAUUUACCAAAAUACCAGUUCAUAUGGUCAUUUUGGACGCCCAGAAUUUCCUUGGGAAAAACCCAAGAAAUUGACUUUUUAAAUACGGUACUGUUGCGUGUACAAUAUUGGCGGUAUGAACGAUUGAGAUCCUGCAGGCAUAAGGCUAUCAUAUUUCAUAAAAAAGCAUGACUAUAUGAUACAACAAACACUUCUUGAAUAAUAUUUGGUAUUGAAUGUUAUGUAUUCAAAUUUGUUUAUUUUAAGUAAAAUUUGUGAUGAAUUUUAGAUUAGAAUAGCAUUGUUGAUGGGAGGGAGGAGAUCCAGCAAUGUGCCUUGGUAUUCAAAGACAUUUUCAUACCCUAAUUUGUAAUAUAAGUAUGUAAGACAGGGUUUGUUAUGUGGAGCCAGCCACUGUACAAAGUUAGGUUUAUUCUUGCCUCUAUUUUAAGAGGUAGAAUGUCUCAAACUGACUGUCAUGUAGUUGAUGUUAUAGAAUUUGUAACAAAUAAGUGGAAUCAAUUUUAUGCACGAUUUUGGUCGUAUUUUAUUGGUGUAUUUACAUACACUAUUAAUCACAAUGGAAAUGCAAAUAUUUUGAGUAGUAAUUGAAAAUGUUGGGGGGGGGUUAAAUUCAGACUAAGUUAAGUUUUAUUUUUAAGGACACUUAUCAUACUGUAUAUUUGUGCUAAGUUAUACAAGUGACCAAAUUCUCGUAUACAAAAUCUGAAAUACAGACAUUGUAUUCCUGUAUAUUUUAAUGCACAUCGGUUCAUGUAUACUUCCUGUUAAUAAGUAUUCUGAAUGCAAUAUUUAUCCAUAUGUCAACAACUUCUACACUAUGUGCAGUCUCUGAGAUUCCUUCUUUUCAGAUUGGUUGAUCCAAAUACUAUUAACCACUAUUGCUUGUGGGUGGUUUAAACACUUAAAAUGGGGAGGGGAGGGGAGGGAAAUGUACACAUGGAUGGAAUGAUUUUUGGGGAAAGGGAUUAGUGGUUGUAUGAAACGACAUAAACUUGUAUGAAGAAUUGUUGGGAAUAAAAAAAGUGUGAAAGC